AUGUCGAACGACCUCGGUAUUAUCGGUCUCGGCGUCAUGGGCGCGAAUCUCGCCCUGAACAUCGCCGAGAAGGGAUUUAAAGUUGCCGUCUUCAACCGCACCUACACGAAGACGACGUCGUUUCUCAAGGAGCAUGAGAACGAGGCGCUUGCCGUCAACCUAAAGGGGUACGAGACAAUGAAGGAGUUCGCCGCGUCCCUCAAGAAGCCGCGCCGCGCGUUCAUUCUCGUCCAGGCCGGCGCUGCUACGGACUCCACGAUCGAACAGCUCAAGGAAGUUUUCGAGGAGGGCGACAUCGUCAUAGACACUGGCAAUGCGAACUUCAAGGACCAGGACAGGCGCGCCGCGCAGUUGGAGAGCCAGGGUCUCCGCUUCCUCGGCAUGGGCAUCUCCGGUGGUGAGGAGGGUGCGCGCAAGGGGCCGGCCUUCUUCCCUGGGGGCACACCAAGCGUGUGGGAGGAGGUACGCGCGAUCGUGGAGGCGGCUGCGGCCAAGGCUGAGGACGGUCGCCCGUGCGUGACGUUCAACGGCAAGGGCGGCGCUGGAUCCUGCGUGAAGAUGUACCACAACGCUGGUGAGUACGCCGUGCUGCAGAUCUGGGGUGAGGCGUACAGCGCCUUGCUUGCCUUCGGAUUCAACAACGAUCAGAUCGCUGACGUGUUCGAGUCGUGGAAGGCAGACGGCUUCCUCAAAUCCUACAUGCUCGACAUCUCUAUUGUCGCUUGCCGGGCGAGGGAGGCAGCAGGCAACUAUCUGUCAGAGAAGGUGUUGGACCGCAUCGGCUCCAAAGGUACCGGCCUGUGGUCGGCCCAGGAGGCUCUGGAAGUUGGGGUGCCAGCGCCCUCGCUCAACAUGGCCGUCAUCUCACGCCAGAUGACCAUGUACAAAGCGGAGCGUGUCGCGAACUCCAAGGCAUUCCCUCACUUCCCUUGCGGCCCGUGUGAGAAAGCCACGGACAAGUCCCCGAACUCCCCCGAAGCGAAGCAGCUAUUCCACGCCGUCAGCCUUUCCAUCAUUGCAAGUUACGCGCAGAUGUUCCAGUGCUUGCGCGAGCUGGACAAGGUGUACGGAUUUGGCUUGAACCUGCCCGCCACCAUCGCAACCUUCCGCGCCGGCUGCAUUCUGCAGGGCUACCUGCUGGGGCCUAUGACGAAGGCCUUCGAGGAGAACCCGAACCUGCCCAACCUGUUGGACGCCUUCACCAAGGAGAUAGCUGCGGGCCUUAAUGACUGCCGCCAGAUUCUCGCCAGGCUCACAGUGAAUACGGCAGUGUCACUGCCGGUCAUGAUGGCCUCACUCUCCUACAUCAACGCCAUGUACACGGAGAUUCUUCCGUACGGACAGCUGGUGUCGUUGCAGCGUGACGUCUUUGGCCGCCACGGCUACGAGCGCACAGACAGGGAUGGUCGUGAGUCGUUUGAAUGGCCCGCACUGCAGUAG